AUGAACAUUAAUAUCCCAUACAAAGGUGGUGACGAUAAUCAUAAGCAGGAAGAGUAUGAAUUGGAAUCAAUAGCCACAAGAGAUAAUGUAGAGUACCAGCAUCCUACGGAAAUAGAAGAAAUAGAACUAAAAUCUUUGCGUAGAGUGUCGGAUCGAAUACCAGCUGCUGCAUGGUACAACAUCGCAUUCGCUUUCAUAGAAGCUUUUGCAUAUUCCGGCUCAACAUUUAUUUUCCAAAAUUAUAUUCAAUUCCCACCACCUAAACAUCCCGGAGAUCAACCCGGCGCACUAGGAAAAGGACAACAAACAGCCACCGCCUGGUCAACUUUCUUUCAAUUCUGGUCGUGGGGUACUCCAGUAAUAGCAGCAAUAAUAGCCGACAGAUAUCUAAGCAAAUUUCACACGAUAAUAUUGUUCAGUUUUAUUUUUGUUUCGGGGUUGUUGAUAUUGACGGUCACUUCGACACCAGCAGCAAUCAAAGCUGGAGUCGCUUAUCCGGGUUUGAUUGCGGGUAUUAUAGUAACUGGACUAGGAGAUGGAUUGCAAUCUAUUUCGUUGGUGAUGGUGGGUGAACAGUAUCCACGAAAAGAAAAUUUUAUUCGUACUUUGAGAACGGGCGAGAGAGUUAUUGUGGAUCCGAAACUUACACUCUCUUCUAUUUAUCAUUAUUUGUAUUUGACAUUGGCGAUUGGCUAUUUGGCACCGACUAUAACAACAAAUAUUGAGAAAUAUCAUUCGUUUUGGUUAGCUUUUCUUAUAAUGGCACUAAUUUUCUCUAUUGGAGUAGUCUUAUACUCUUGGAGUCGUCGGUGGUUUAUAGAAACAAAAACUGGUGGGCUGCAACUAUGGAAAUCAGUUCUAGUCAUUCGUAUGGCAAUUGCCCGUGGAUUCAAUUUGGAAAAUGCAAAACCAUCAAAAAUCCCAGAACCUCACCAUUCAAAUAUUAUAUGGGACGACAAAUUUGUCGAAGAGCUACGAACUACAAUUCACGCCUCUAAAGUACUCCUAUUUCCAUCAAUCUACUGGAUGUGCUACGGCCAAAUGUCAAGUAACUUGGUCUCGCAAGCUGCCACGAUGGAAACCGGCAUCUUUCCAAAUGACAUGAUGAGCCAAGUUGACUACAUAACUCUAAUAAUUUUGAUUCCGUUUAUGGAUAAAGUGUUUUAUCCGAUGCUGAGACGACGUCACAUGGAGCCAUCGCCAAUUACACGAAUUUUCAUCGGGUUUAUGCUUAUUACUGUGGCGAUGAGCUUUGCAGCUAUUCUUCAGCAUCUUAUUUACUUGAAGCCGCCUUGUUAUCAGUUUCCGCGGUGUAAUGUCGAGAGUGGUGGUAGUAAAGUCCCGAAUUAUAUUAGUGUUUGGUGGCAGGCUCCGAUUUAUGUGAUUGUUGCAUUUUCUGAAGCGAUUACAAGUCUCGAUUACGCAUACUCAAAGUCCCCACCCUCCAUGAAAUCUCUCGUAAUGGCAAUAAACCUACUAACAAGCAGUAUUGGAUCAGCGCUAGCACUUGCUUUUGUACCGUUGGCGCGAGAUCCGUUGUUGCCAUAUAUGUUUUCAGGAAUGGCCAUUGUGUCGUUCGUUACUGGAUGCCUUUUUUUGAUUUGCUAUAGUGGGAAGAAACAAUACAAUUAG